GUGUCCAGGCGGCGGGGAGACCUAGGUCAAGCUCUACGUCGCUGCGCCGUCGUCUCUCACGGGCCGGACGUGACGCAGGGAGAGUUCCGGCUUCGGCCUCUGCCGCUGCCGCCGCUACUUCAGCCGCUGCCGCCGCCGCUACCGCCGCCGCCGCCGUCGUCGGGGCUAGUUCUUCCUAAAAUGGCGCCCCUAGACUUGGACAAGUAUGUGGAGAUAGCGCGGCUGUGCAAGUAUCUUCCGGAGAACGACCUGAAGGUAAGCUCGGUCGGGGCGGGAGCGCUGCGGGUCGGGUUCGCCCCUUCCGGCAGUGGGGCGCCCGCCGGGUCGCCCCUCCUGGCCUUCGGGCCGCCGCAGGGAUUGCAUUUUCUUGGUUUCCUAAAAGAGCGGCUAUGUGACUAUGUUUGUGACCUCCUCUUGGAAGAGUCAAAUGUUCAGCCAGUAUCAACACCAGUAACAGUGUGUGGAGACAUACACGGACAGUUUUAUGACCUUUGUGAACUAUUCAGAACUGGAGGUCAGGUUCCUGACACAAACUACAUAUUUAUGGGUGAUUUUGUAGACAGAGGUUACUAUAGUUUGGAGACCUUCACUUACCUUCUUGCACUAAAGGCUAAAUGGCCUGAUCGUAUUACACUUUUGCGAGGAAAUCAUGAGAGUAGACAGAUAACACAGGUUUAUGGAUUUUAUGAUGAGUGCCAAACCAAAUAUGGAAAUGCUAAUGCCUGGAGAUACUGUACCAAAGUUUUUGACAUGCUCACAGUAGCAGCUUUAAUAGAUGAGCAGAUCUUGUGUGUUCAUGGUGGUUUAUCUCCUGAUAUCAAAACACUGGAUCAAAUUCGAACCAUUGAACGGAAUCAGGAAAUUCCUCAUAAAGGAGCAUUUUGUGACCUGGUUUGGUCAGAUCCUGAAGAUGUGGAUACUUGGGCUAUCAGUCCCCGAGGAGCAGGUUGGCUUUUUGGCGCAAAGGUCACAAAUGAGUUUGUUCAUAUCAACAACUUAAAACUCAUCUGCAGAGCACACCAACUAGUGCACGAAGGCUAUAAGUUUAUGUUUGAUGAGAAGUUGGUAACAGUAUGGUCUGCACCUAAUUACUGCUAUCGUUGUGGAAAUAUUGCUUCAAUAAUGGUCUUCAAAGAUGUAAAUACAAGAGAACCAAAGUUAUUCCGGGCAGUUCCAGAUUCAGAACGUGUUAUUCCUCCCAGAACGACGACGCCGUAUUUCCUUUGAGGCCUGCGCCCAUCCUGCUGACCGGUCACAUUUUCUGCCCUCUUCUUACCCCAACUUUUGUGUAUUACCCUCUAUAAUAUACUUUUUAUUGAGCACUUUGCUGCUGAAAUGCUGCCUCUUGCCUUUUUUUAUUUUAAAUUAUCUAAAUUUAUUGUUUGUUAUGGUGUCUAUAACAAUGUUUUCCUAUCAGUUUUCUCCCCCAUCCCAUCCCCACCUUGGACUCAUCUGAGAAGACUUGAGAAAUGUCUUAAUACUCAUACUGCUGCAUGUAGCUCUUGCUUAUUUACUGGUCUGGGGGAAACAAGAUGUGUUUCCUUUUUUAAAAAGCCAAUUGACAGAACAGACUACACUGAAAUACUCCUUUUGUAUCAUUCAGCCUUUUGUUUUAGUUUGGUAAGUUUUAAGAAAUUUCAGCAGCAAAGUUGUUAUCCAGUGGGCACGAUGGACUGCAAAUGCCUCGAGUUAUGUAUACUUGUCCCAGCUGUAAACUUCAUUGUCCUUUGUUGGAUAUUUUAAGUGGAUAUAAAAUAAAUUGGUCUAAAGGGCUGCCCUCCUUGUUGUGUUUUUAAAUUUGAGUUAAAAACUGCUACAGCUUAUGAUUUUGUACAUUAAGAUAAUUGUAUUGAUCUUUUUUCAGAUUCCUUGUAUUUUUAAAUAAAGUAAUCUUAAAUAAAACCCAGAUAGGUUAAAAGUGUUAGAAAUUUUAAACAGCUUACAUUGUUAGCUUAAAGUUACUCUUUUUUUCCCUAGUCAGAGUUCUUGACCCUUUGGUUAUUGAGUUUAAAACUUCAACUGAAAUUCAGUACUAUUUAUUUAAGAAAAAAAAAUCACUAAACUGUGCCUAAGAACAUAACUGCCAUAUUAAUUAAUGUUUUGGUUUAUAUCCUCUAUAGUAAUAGAAAAACAUUUAAUACUUGUAAUGCUGAUAUGUUCAUUUGAUACCACUUGAGUAAAAUGUGAUCAAUCCAGUUUACAAUCUAUCAUGAGUAUUAUUAAGUAAUAUCUAUGUACUUUUCAAUAGGAAUCAUUUUCUUGUUGUAACACUUGACCUUAACUUUUAGAAAGUGUUCUUUUUUUUAAAAAACUGCAACUGGAAAGGUUGAAAAGUCAGGACUCUUAUAUUUGUGAACUGUAAUCUGAAGCAGGUUUUAAAAAGUGUGGAAAGAAACAAAUUGUCCUUUUUUUGUAAAGGUCUGUGAUCCCAUGUGUCGGCUUUGUGUAAGUAAUUUGAAUAUCCAAAGGAUUGUGGUGAUCAGUCCUUGAUAUGCACCGUCCACUUAAUAAGGACAAGUGUUCCAGGGUCUCUUAUGACUGUGGUCAUAAAUGAUGUUGGAAUUUACCAUUUUGUGAAGUAGUUGGCAUCCUUUUACGACUAUAAUUAAUUUUUGUCAUUCCAGGAAAUCUUUGUGAAGCCAGCCAAUUAAUAAAGCACUUUAGCAUCUGUUCAGGUAGUUUUGAAAAUCAACUUUUCCCCUUCAGGAUAAGAACUUCCAGGUUACCUAAAAAUGCAAUAAAAAUCUUUAUAGUCUAUACUUCUUGGCACAUAAUUUUUCAUCAGGGUUUUCUUUUAUUAAAUGAGCACAACACUGUUUUGAUUUUUUUCCACAAUCACCCAGCUACUUGUGUAGUUUUUAAUUGUAUAGCUAUAUGAAAGAAGUGACUACGGCAUUUGCUGCACACACUUGAACUGUUGGGUCAGUAGCUUUGUGUCAUUGCCCUGACCCCAGUGUAAUUCAGGGGGAAAGUUAUUAAUCUUACAGGGAUAUGUAGCUAUGUAUUUUACUAAUUGUUAAACACUGGAAAUUAAUGAUGCAGACAACUUGAUGUGGUCUUUAAACAGCUCUCUGCAGUAUUUUUUUCCUUUUACCAUAAAUUGUUCGUUUGUUUUUGUUAAUCCUCACUGGAGAAUAUUUCUUCCAUUGAUUUUUUUAGAGAGAGUGGAAAGGAGGGAGGGAGGGAGAGAGAAAAAAACAUGCGAGAGAGAGAGAGAGAGAGAGAGACAGGGAGAGAGAGAGAGACAUUGGUUGAUUGCCUCCCACAUGCGGGGAACAUACCUGCAACCCAGGUAUGUGCCCUUGACCAGGAAUUGAACCUGCGACCCUUGUGGUGCAUGGGCCGACAUUCCAAUGCUGAGCCACACCUGCAAGGGCUCCUGUUACCAUAAAUUGUAUUUACGUGUUUGCUCUCCUCUGCUUUUAAAUUGUACCAGUUAAACCAGUAACUCUGAGCCCUCCCUUCCCAUUUGAUACUCCCUAGCUUAGAUUGAUGUAGUUUUAGUUAUCCCUGUAAUGUGACAUUUUUAAGUCGUAUACUGCAUUUGUCUGUCACUAGUUGGGCAUGUGCCAAUAAUAUUCUGUCCAUUCCUUAACUGCCAUCUCUGUUCUGCCUGAUUUUUUCCCCUCUUCAACCGAAUUACGGCUUUUUGCAUGAAAAAAAAAGUUUUUACUAUUAGACAUGUAAAGGGAAGAGAGAGUGAAUGUAUUGAGUUUUGUAAGCCUAAAAGGAAUAUUUGGAUUCCUCUACGAAAUAAGGGCUACGUACUAUAUACAGUAAUCAUAUGGUGGAAGAUACUUGCAGGUCAUAGGUUUGUAGGCAGAAAGAUCUGUUACUCCCUGUAUUUAGGCUGAAUGUAAAAUCCCUUAUAUUGUAUUAUUGGGGAUAAUCACUAUUUUUAUUUGCCUAUGAUAUACUUGGUUUCUAAUAAAUUGUCCUAGACUCUAGUGAGAACUGUCUCCUUUUAGUUGCCAAUCACUCCCUGUCCUUACUUGCCUGAUAUACUCUUGGCUAGCUUUUUAUAGGUUAAUGCUUUUUCCUGAAAUAUCUCACCACUUUAAAUGUGUGAAUUUGGGUGUGAUCCUAAAAAGCCUGGGUCAAGAGCAUAUCUAAUAUGCAACCUGCAUCAGCUCCUACUCCAUCUGGAUGUCUAGAACUUUUGGAAGAUUUUGACGUCUUAAAUCCUGGGUUUUGCUUUUGAAAUAAGGUUUGAAAUAUUGUUCAUUGCAUUAAGAUUUGUGUGUUUUUGCUUUGUAAGCCCAGCAGGUUUUGGAAAAUGCCUGUAUUGUGAAAGCAAAUCUGAACUCUUUCUGAGCCUCUUUUAUUGUGAGAAGUAGAAUUGCUUUUCAUCAGCCUCCAGAAAAUUGUGUACCUGGAGUUGAGAUUUAACAGCAAGAAUCCAGAUUUUUAAAUGUAAUUGUUUUUUUAACUGCUAAUGUUUGUAAAGCACCUUCAGUUCUUUGGAUGAAGAGUGCUAUAUUCUCUCAGUGUAAAUUAAUAAAAAUAUUAUAGGAA